AUGAUAAAGUCAUCAUUUCUGUGGUAUACACAGUCACUUUCAUACCAGAUUCAACAAGGGACAGUAAUUGCAGUAAUUGCAGAUUCUAUAGCAUGCAGCCCGUACGACUCUGGUGUGCCUGACUCAAAGCACCAAAAACACAGGACAUCAAGCCAUGAUGUUUAUGAUCUUGGAGAUGAAGAGUCUACCAUGGAUUUUACAAAAAGUGAGUUCUUGGCAUUCAAGGCUAGCUUUGCAAGACCAAAGUAUGCCAACACAUAUAGAAUGGAACCAUACAGACCAUUUGAGGCUCAUGUAAUAAGGAAGAAAGCUGAAGAAAUCCUAAAGAAUACACUCCAGGAUUACAAAUAUGAUGGGUCCAAUGCAGCCUCGAAGUGUUCAGUCCUCUCAGAAGAUAUAUUAGCAGCUGUCAAGGACCAGGGCUUUGACCGUUACAAGUAUAUAGUCCAAGUGUUUAUGGUGGAAAAGUCUGGCCAAUCAAUUCAUAUUGCCAGCCGAUGGGUCUGGGAUGACGCAAGGGAUAACUGGGUUUCAGCCCUACAUGAAACUGAGAACUAUGUUACAGUGGCUUUGAUAAUUGCUGGUUAUUAUGAAUAA